AUGCUGCAGGACAUGGGCUUCGAGUCGGACGUGAUGUCUGCCCUCAACAGUGACCCCAACCGAAGACCGCCCGCAUCGGAACAGUUCAUCGCAAACCUGCCCAAAGUGAACGACUUCUGUGCGGCCGACAAGUGCUGCGUCUGUCUGCGCGAGUUUGUGGUCAACCAAGUGGUGGCUCUGGAGUGCGGCCACAAGUUUCACACCGAUUGCAUCACACGAUGGCUAAGACUCAACAACUCGUGUCCCGUCUGUCGCACAGAGUUUCCCACCGAUGAUCAAGAGUAUGAGACCAACAAACGACUCAAGCGCCAGAAGGAGGCCACUCUCCAAGAGCUCCACCACUCCAUGUUCUCGUGA